AUGGCCGGCAACGCAUCCAGGCGCGCAGGCUCGACAUCGGGCCGCUCAAUACCGAAAGAAGGCCCAGCUGCAAGCACCAAGCUGGUCCGCAAGCUGCUCAAGAAGAUCUUCGACCUCGAGCCCGAAGUCCUGGACGCUUUCCUCAGCCGUGACGCCAGCGUUGAUCACGUCGACGGUCGCCCGAGGCCUCUGUCCACCAGUCUUUCGUCAUCUCGGGAUCUAGCGGGCCCAGGCUUCAGUCAUGAGCGAGGACUGGACGCGCCGCUCGCCCACAUCCCUGCACCUCCAAGGCGGGCGGGGAGCAGCAGCGGUGACGAGCGUCAGCAAAUGCUCCACGUGGGACGAUCCGCAGACGAUCAGGCUUCGGAGGACGCGAGUGAUGAAGAUGGAGAAGGCAGCAAGACACCACGGGCUUCUCUGCACGAAUCGCAGGACUGGCAGCGUCAAGAUGUGGCGUUGAUCAACAGUCCACUGUUCGACCUGACCACAGCCGCGACCGAGCUCGGCCUCACAGCAGAGGCGCUUUCGCGCCGCCGGACAUCGUCGGGCGGAUCUCGGCAAUCGCAGCAGGUCGCGGACGGGGCUCGAUCCAUGCUCGAACCGACUACAAUCGAGGCGCUCCAGGCAUUGGUCAACAGCAUGAUGCCGGUGCCGAUGCCUUUCCGUAUCCUUGGAGCGCUGGCGCGCUCGCUUGGAUGGUCCCGUAGCUUUUGGGGCGGCGGGGGACAGGAUGCCGACGAGGCUGCUUCUCGUGAGCAAGCCGAGGGCGAAGCGGCCGAACUCCCCGCCGUGCUCGACGAUGACCGGCGCUACCGCUACGAUCGACUGCUCUCGGUGCAGCAAGCCAAGGCAUGGAGCCGGAGGUACCGGGGCAUUCAGCUCGCAAACGACCAGCCGGAAGACUCGAGCAUCGACGUGCCGGAGUGCUGGAGGGGCGACGAGCAUCCAGCCCUUGCCGGAAACAGCCCAUGA